AACUUCACCCAGCAAAACACCACUCUCCAUUUCUCUCUCUAAAUUACUCACAAUCGCUAGCUAUAUUGAAAGCUAUGGAAUCAAUGAAUAAUUGGAUGUCGAUGAGGACGAUUCUGAUAUCAGCUGGAGUUUUAUCCGCAGCUAUUGCGCUGAAGCUGUCGAUUCCGGCCGCCGUCGACGGCUUUCCGGUGCUGUGGUCGGUCGUGUUGUCGUGGAUGAAGCCUCCGUAUUUGUACAUAAUCAUCAACGCCAUCAUCAUCACCAUCGUCGCGUCGUCUCACUUCAACCAGAGCCACAACGAGCUUGCGGCGGCUCGAUCUGAUCACUUGAUCUCGGCCGUAACGCCUCCGGCCGAGAUUUUCCAACCGAUUUCUCCGCCGGAGAAUGUCGAAGCUGCAGACGCGACGGAGCCGGUGGCGGAGGAGGUAGUGGAUUUGAAAGCGGUGGUGGUGAACGGUUCGAAGGUUGAAUUCGCGAAGGAAGUAGACGAUCUACGCUUGAUUCGCGCGGAGGCUGAAGAUGAGUUCGAUGAAUCGGCUUUGCCUUACACUCCGCCGAUGCGCGAGAGUUUUUCGCCGGAAGUUCAAUUAGAAUCGCUCUUUCUGGCGAGGGAGAAACCGCUCGCUUCUUCCAGAUUCGUGCACCGAAAGCCGAGUAGAACUCCUCCCGAAGGUGCGAGGGCGCUGCGGCGGGUUGCUCGGCCGAAGAAGCAGGAGACGCUGGAGAGCACGUGGAAGAUGAUAACCGAGGGGCGUCACGUGCCCCUCACGAGACACCUGAAGAAAUCCGAGACGUUUGAGCAGCACGCGUCUCCCGCCAUGGAUCACGUCGCCGUCGUGCCAAAGUCGGAGACGCCGCCGCUAAGGAUCAGGAAAGAGCCGUCGCUGGGGCAGGACGAGCUGAAUCGGAGAGUGGAGGCGUUCAUCAAUAAGAUGAACGAGGAUAUGAGGAUGCAGCGACAGGAAUCGCUACAGCAAUUCCUUGAGAUGAUCAAUCGUGGAGUAUAGUCUCACCUCCAAUCAGAUUCGCAUUUUCCUUUUUCUUUCACUUUUUUGCCUUUUUUUAAAAAAAAUGCAGAUAGCUUCUUUUCGAAAAAAGAAUCACAGUUAAUUAUGAUGGGAAUUUUAAUUUUUUAGAAGAUAGUAUGAAAUUCUUUGGUUAGAGAAGUUUACAGGUUAACAGAAAAAAAUGUUUGUGUAUAAUAUUAUAUGUGUUGCAUGGCUGUCAAGUGUCAUCUGAGAUUAUGAGAGGUAAUAUUCGAGAUUAA